GGCGGGGAAGGCGGGGAAGGCUCGGAGCGGCGGUGCCCGCUCCUGGUGGCACCAGGAUCCCCCAGACAUCACCCAGCAGCUGACACCUUCACCAUCCUCCCUCGGGAAGCAGCAGCUUGGGCUGUGUCUGACCUCCAAAACCUCCAAACCUCCCUUCCAUCCUGACCUGGUGCUGCCUUUGGGAGAAUGAAUCAGGACAGUGACUCAAGUGAUCAGCCCACAGGCCAGGACCCGCUCCUACUGCUGAAAACCCUUCAGCUUCUGUGGACAAAGCAUGAGCUGGGGAAGCUCAAGGAAGAAAUCAGGCGUGGCUUUGCCAGGCUGGAGGAGCCUUUGGCAGGACUCCUGGCCAUGCUGGAGAGCAGCAGCGACUGGAAGGGGAAAGGGCGUUCCCUGAGCCAUUGCAUCACCACCGAGCUGCAGCUUUGGAUGAAAGCACAUCCUGCUGUCCCACAGUCUGGCACCAAGCUGCAGGAGCUGCAGGCCCGUGUGCUCGGAAUGCUCUCCCAGUGCCCAGCUAAUCUGCUUGACCCCCUGAUCAGCAUUUACCAGCUCCACGCAGUGGACCGGAACUCUCUGCUUGAACACGUCAGUCAUCUUUAUCUCCAGGGCAAUUACAAAGAGGCAGCCAUACUGAGUAUUAAGCUGAAAUUACAGCCAGAUCAAGAUGUAGAGAAGAUGUGUACCCCACUGCUGCUCCAGGAUAAAGCUAACCUGGUGGAAGAUUACGUGGCAGAACAUCCCGAGCUCCAGAGGAAGCUCUUGCAGACCCUGGACACGUGGUGUGACCCCAGCUUCAAUAUCAGAGACAUCACAAGACCAUAUCAAGGCCUGUCCAGGUACAAACCCGAAAAAUUCAACCGCAGAGUGCUUGGCAAGCUGGUCUUCAGGCUCCUGGAGAGAUUCAACGUUGACCCAGCUCUCUGCCCUAAUGUCAUAAAUCAGCGGCACUUGAGAACCCUGAAUUACCUCUUCUACAAGAGAUUCGUUGAGAAAACCAUGACUGAGGAGAACUGGGCAGACCACAUUCAGAGCACGGUCGGGGACAAUCGCUGGCUCCAAGGACAGCUGCUGCAGUCGCUGCUCCGGCACUGCGACGCGCGCGGGGCCGCGCGAUGGGCGCACCACUGCCGGCUGCCCCCCGACAUGCUGCCCCUGCCGCUGGCCAAGGAGCUGCAGAAACUGCACAUCCAGGACAGGGUAGAAGAGGUCACAAAAGCAGAUAAUUAUGAGGCCAGUAAGAAGAAGGACUGUUACCAGCUUCCUAUUCCACGGGAAAAUAUUCACUUUCUGCAGACGUGGGAGGAGACGCUGCAGUGCUGGGAGAAGGUGCUGCAGCCUGGGCAGGUGGUUGGUGUGGACAUGGAGUGGAAGCCAUCCUUUGGCAUGGUGGGGAAGCCCCGUGUCGCCCUCCUGCAACUGGCACUGGAGGAUGAGGUGUUCCUGCUGGACCUGCCACGGCUCCUCGAGCAAGCUGAGGCUGAGGGGCAGAAGGAGAAGCUCCCCCAUUUCAUCCAGAUGCUCUAUUCAGACGCAGCCAUCACUAAACUAGGUUAUGGGAUGUCUGGAGACCUCAGCAGCCUUGCAGCCACGUGUUCUGCUCUGGGAGACACGGAGAAGCAAAUGCAGGGAGUGGUGGAUCUCAUUGCACUGCACCAACAACUGCAGCGGGGGAAGGACGGCCAGAAGGUGGAUGGACUAUCCCCAGAGCACAGCCACGAGCAGAGAGGGCUCAGGCAGCCGGAGAAGGGGCUCAGCCUCCUGGUGCAGCACGUGCUGGGGAAGCCUCUGGAUAAAACAGAGCAGCUUUCCAACUGGGAGAAGCGGCCGCUGCGGGAGGAGCAGAUCCUCUAUGCAGCCUCAGAUGCCUACUGCUUGCUGGAGAUCUACAAGAGGCUCUGCAAGGACCCCGAGAGCUUCGGUCUGGGUUCACAGCUGGCAGAAAGUCUGGUGGGAAAACAGAGCAAAAAACCCAAGGCAAAGAAGCAGCUGAAUAAACAAGAGGCACCGUCACCUUCUGGGCAGGAACGCCAAGGAGCCAGAACGGAGCCCUCACACCCCCCUGCCCCCAUCUCACCCCAGGAGUUCAGCGUGGUCUGUGACAACAUGCUGCAGGGGCUGGGGCGCUACCUGCGCUGCCUGGGCGUGGAUGUCCGGCUGCUGGACAAUGAGGAUGACCACAGGAAAGCUGCUGAGAUUGCCCGACAGGAAGGAAGAGUCAUUCUGACCUCUGGACUCCCAUAUCAGACUCUGCGCUCCCAGGUGGGAGAAGGAAGGUGUUUCUCUGUCAACUGCUCCGAGAAGGCAAAGGAACAGGCGCUGCAGGUGCUGAAGCACUUCAACGUGCAGGUGUCCCUGGGUGACAUCUUCAGCCGCUGUCAGGUGUGCAAUUGCAACAAGUACCUGAAGGUCUCACGGGAGAGGAUGAGGCAGCUGGCGGAGGGCAGCAGACAAAUCUCAGGGGAGCACAGUGCAGGCUGCCCGGGGAGCCAGCGCUGCCAUGUCACUGUGCCAGCCUGUGACACAGCCCGGCCUGGCGGUGCCGAGCGGGAGGACGGGACGGGGCAGUGCGGGGCAGGCGCGGUGCUGGCAGGGGACACGGUCCUGCAGGUCACUGCCAUCCCCCCCGGCGUGCUGGACAGAGCUGAGCUCACCGACUUCUACUGCUGCACCCGCUGUGGGAAAGUGUUUUGGGAAGGGUCCCAUUUUGGACGCAUCGUCUCCCAAUUUCAGGAUGUUCUUGUGGCCUCUGGAGACACACAGAGUGUUUAUGAGCCGAGCCGAGCUGAGCUGAGCUGA